CGAGAUAACUAAGGCUUAUCGAAUACGACAACAGUACAAUACAUUAAUUAGUUUGCGCGCUCUCAAUAAGUAACGUUUGAAGUUUUGUUGUGGACAGAAUUCAAUCAUGGAUAAAUAUUUCAAAGGAAAAAGAAUACUGGUUACUGGUGGAUGCCAAGGUAUUGGACGAGGAAUAGCAGUUGAGUUGUGGAGGCUAGGUGCUAACGUUGUAGUUAUCUCCAAUCAACCAGACAAUUUAGAAAAGCUUAAAAAGGAGUAUCCCUCUAUUGAAAUUGCGUGUGUUGAUCUAUUAGACUGGAACAAAACCAGAGAACUUGUGAAUACCUUAGGCGCUUUCGACGGCCUUGUAAACAAUGCAGGAGUUGUUAUUCUUGAACCAUUUUUUGAAUGUUCCCCUGAAAGUUUUGACAAGACUAUAGCGCUCAACGUAAGGGCAAUCCUUAACAUAAGUCAAAUUGUAGCAAAGAAAAUGAUUGACAACAAUAUCAAAGGAUCUUUCGUGAAUAUUUCUUCGCAAGCAUCAAAAGCAGCUCUUAAGGAUCAUACUUCAUACUGCGCGUCAAAAAGUGCAGUCGACUCGUUGACUAGGACUAUGGCAUUAGAACUUGGGCCUCACGGCAUUCGGGCGAACUCGGUCAAUCCUACAGCGGUUAUGACAGAUCUGGGCAGGAAGGUCUGGUCUGAGCCUGCUAAGUCUCAAGAAAUGCUUUCGAAGAUUCCUUUGGGAAGGUUUGGAGAAGUAGAAGAAGUUGUCAACACGGUUUUAUUUCUUCUCAGUGACAGUGCCAGUAUGAUCACUGGUGCACACCUACCUGUUGAUGGAGGAUUCCUAGCAACAUAAAUAGGACUAAUCAUAUUUUACUGUUCUUUAAUAAAGCUAAGAAAAACA